AUGGGUCCAGGGCAAGGCCAGACAGGUCACAUGGGUCCAGGGCAAGGCCAGACAGGUCACAUGGGUCCAGAGCCAGACCAGAAAGGUCACAUGGGUCCAGGGCCAGGCCAGACAGGUCACAUGGGUCCAGGGCCAGACCAGAAAGGUCACAUGGGUCCAGGGCCAGGCCAGACAGGUCACAUGGGUCCAGGGCAAGGCCAGACAGGUUACAUGGAUCCAGGGCCAGGCCAGACAGGUCACAUGGGUCCAGGGCAAGGCCAGACAGGUCACAUGGGUCCAGGGCAAGGCCAGAUAGGUCACAUGGGUCCAGGGCCAGUCCAGACAGGUCACAUGGGUCCAGGGCCAGGCCAGACAGGUCACAUGGGUCCAGAUCCAGGCCAGACAGGUUAUCAACUCAGUGACGCAAUGGGCUACUUUGAGAGCUUGGAUUUGGCCUUAGGUUCAGCUGAUUCCUACACUAGUAGACCCUCAGAUUCCGACGUGUCCCUGGAGGACGACCCGGAGGCGUCUCGGCUAGAAGCCGAGCGCCAGGCCCAACUGCAGCUGGAGAGAGCCAAGUCAAAACCCGUAGCAUUUGCAGUGAAGACCAACGUGAGCUACUGUGGUGCUCUAGAUGCUGACUGUCCUGUCCAAGGUGCUGCUAUCAACUUUGAAACCAAAGACUUUCUACACAUAAAAGAGAAAUACAGCAAUGACUGGUGGAUUGGUCGGCUGGUGAAGGAAGGGGCAGACAUAACUUUCAUCCCCAGCCCGGUGAAACUGGAGGCCAUGCGGAUCAAACAGGAACAGAAACAGGCCCAAAGGAAAGCGGCGAACUCGUCGUCGGGUUGGAGAUCCACACCACCUAGUGCAGCCAAACAGAAGCAGAAGCAGACAGAGCAUCUCCCACCCUAUGAUGUUGUUCCUUCCAUGAGGCCGGUGGUGUUGGUGGGGCCGUCACUGAAAGGCUAUGAGGUAACAGACAUGAUGCAGAAGGCCCUGUUUGACUUCCUGAAACACAGGUUUGAUGGAAGAAUCUCUAUCACGCGGGUGACUGCUGAUCUGUCAUUGGCCAAAAGGUCUGUAUUGAACAAGAAGGCUAUCAUGGAGAGGUCCAACACACGCUCCAGUCUUGCUGAGGUCCAGAGUGAGAUUGAGAGGAUUUUUGAGCUGGCUAAGACUCUACAGCUCGUAGUUCUGGACGCAGACACUAUCAACCACCCAGCACAGCUCCUCAAAACAUCCCUGGCUCCUAUCAUCAUUUACGUUAAGGUGUCCUCUCCAAAGGUUCUUCAGAGGCUCAUUAAAUCUCGGGGGAAAUCUCAAAGUAAACACCUCAAUGUACAGAUGAUGGCAGGGGACAAACUAGCACAGUGUCCACCCGAGAUGUUUGAUGUGAUCCUGGAUGAGAACCAGCUGGAGGAUGCAUGUGAACACCUAGCAGAAUACCUGGACAUCUACUGGCGUGCCACUCACCUGCCCUGCUCCGCCCCCCUCAACCCCCUGUUGGACCAGAGCGAGGUCACCCCGCCCUCCGCUAACUCCAGCCAACAGUUCUCCGAGACUCAAGAGUUAAUAGAAUGAUCACUCCCUAGCUACCACAUGUCUGGAUGUGGUAAAGAGACCAAUCCAACUCGACCGGAAUCCCAUGUCAACGCCAUUCAGAAUCUCCUCAUUGCCCUCCAUAAAAAUUAGCCUACAUUUAGGCUAUUGUUUAUAUGUGUAUUUGACACUAUUUUGGAGUGAAAAUCGGAUUAAAAUGCUUGUAUGGAUGUCAACCCCAA